CUGGAGUUUGCCUCCCCAAUCAACUGUCUGUUUAGAAAGAACGUCGCCAUUCGAUUGCAUUAAUUUAAAGAUAAAAAUGUGUGUUAUUAUUAAGUGAAACCGAUAUUUUGGCGUCAAAAUGGAUAUGUUACGAAUAUGUAGGACAUGUCUUUAACGAGUGAAUUAGAAAGACCCUAGUUCGGAUGGAAUCGUUGCGGAAGCAUCCGAAAACAAACUCAUUUACCACAAUAAUGCAUUCUACUGCUGGCAAUACGUAGAACAAAAUAAGUGUUUGGAUAAAGUGGAAAAUAUAUUAUUUUAAUGUGUACAGAAAAUGCAAUUGUUGAUUAUUUUUUAUUAAUUUCUUUAUGUCAAAUGUCAUCUAAGAUGGUCUUGACAGUUAUGUCACUUGCAGUUGUUUUCCUGCAAAAAAGAACGUUUAUAUUGUUUAUAUACUCCAUGUAAACAAAUGUUUCCAGUGCUAUUAAGUUAAUUAAAGUGUAAUUAUUAAUUUCCAAUUAAGUUUAUUAUCGCUAAGUGUUAGGUUAGAUUGGAACUACUACAGACAACAAUCACAAAUUGUCUUUAUGUGUAUCCUAUUUGUGACAUCAUUCAACUAAAAUCAUGGUUAUAACUUUUUUAAAUAUGGUUUUUGGGUGAAGAAUAAAUUAAUCUGUGGAGAUGGAUCCAGGAGUUCCGAGUGUACCCAUCACCACAUUAGCAGGAGUAGCAAGUCUAACAGACUUGCUCCCUGAAAUGCCCCUACCAACUCCGUCACCUCAAACACUAAGUAAUAAAUCACUACUAUUUCAUCCGAGAGUAGCAGAAGAAGCGCAAAACUUACUUGGUGUAAGAGAUGAGGUAUUGGUACCACAACUGGUUUCUUCCCUGGAAAAAACCUCUGCUGAACAUAUAGAAGUUAAGGAUAAUUAUGCUGGUACGGACUCUAGGUUUGAACAGCAGGAAUCUAUGCCAGAGCUUCUUAGAGCUCUUUUAGAAGCUAACCCUUAUGUCUUCAGUGGAAUUAAACGUAUAUCUGAAAUAGCUCCAGUUGAUGUACCUGUAGGAACAGUAAGUGCAAAGACUGAAUCGAAAACUGUAGUAACAGAAAGCCAAACAUCUGAAGUUAUAUCAAAUACGAGGAGUACCCGUUCAAAAUUAAAAGCCGAAGAAGUUAAGACAGAUACUGAAGUUAAAGCUGUUCCAGAGGUGAAAGAUGUAAAAUCUGAUGUACCUAUAGUAACUGAAAAAGACGAGGAAAACAAAGAAGUAAAAGAGAAAACGAUAGAAAAUAUUGAACCAUCAGCUAAUCCACCACAAGUUGAAAGUAUUCAAGAAAAUGAAGAAGUAAAGGAAGAAUCGAAAGCCAAUAUUGAGGAAUCUGAUUCUAAUUCACAGCAACACCCUGAUAUAAAGCAACCAAUAGUAAAAUUAGAUAGAUUGUCAGAAGAGGAUCAGUUAUUAAUGCAAAAGAGUAUUCAAGAAUUUAUUGUAACUAAACCAAAACUUGCUAAAACCUUGGGUAUUGUUUCCACAGAUAAUAAUAAAGUCCAAGAUGAAGAAUUGGAAUCUGACGAAGAACCAUCAAGGAAAAAGCGACGAGACAAGAGGAAACAUACUGAAAGCGAUGACGAAUAUCAACCUGAUACUUUCUCUGCUUUGGUGAGUAGCAACAAAAGAAGGAAACUAAAGGAAGAAAAACCGGAACCUGUCGUUGUCAAGCCUAAGUUACGAAGAGUUGAAAAGAAAUUUGUUCCUGUAUUAGAAAAAUUAUCACAAGAAGAGCUUAUGGAAACAAACACGUAUCAUAGAUUUAACAAAUCUAUUGAACAUGUUUUGAAGUCAGCUGAAGACAUUGAUAUCAGUGAAAUUGCUGAAGACGGAAUGAUACAAGAAGAAUAUCUCCUGAGUCGUAGCGUCAUGCAGGAAUUGUGUACUGAAGCAGCUAAAUUAAAAAUCUUGGGAGCGAUGGAGAUGAUACCUACAGAAAAACUGACAAGACUGCUCAACAUUCUAGAAUUAAAUAUUCGAGGCGGAGAUAGGGUGUCACCAAUAUCGGAUGAAGAUAAUGAGAGUAUUAGGCAAUUGUGGCUUGAAACAGCUAUGGAACGGGUUAUGGGUGCAGCUGAUGCGUGUUUAGUGUGUAUGUAUAUUAUGACUUCUCGUAAUAUGUCCAAGAGAGUGUAUUUGGAAGAAGUAAUAGACAGAGUAGUGUUGUACAUCAAAUACCACCUACAUAACACGAUAUUCCCUUCUUUCGAUUCUACAUACAGGCUGGAUAACAAGAAGAAAGACGGUCGCCGGAAGAAAAAUACCCAAGUGUCCGAGAAGGGUAUUUUAGUGUUAUACACAAAAAUUUCCGAAUUAGUUAAUUUAUUAGCAGAGCUUUUGAAUAUACAGAUUUUAACCGAUACCUCAGUGCUUCACGCUUCCUCUAUGGGAGUUUCCCCAUUUUUUGCAGAAAAUGUCAGUGAAUUACAGUUGGCAUGUCUAAAGCUUGUUACAACGAUUUUCACUAAAUAUGAAACACAUCGAAGACUCCUCUUGGAUGAUAUAUUAGCUUCGAUAGCCCGUCUUCCUAGUACAAAACGUAGUUUACGGACAUAUAGGUUAAAUAGCGAGGAGCAUAUCCAGAUGCUUACGGCUUUAGUUCUGCAGUUAAUUCAGUGUGUAGUAUCCCUACCAAAUAAUUUUGCAUACAAAGACUCUAAAGAGAAGAACACGGGCGGAGAGAAAACACCUAAUAUUGAUAAAGACGUGUAUAUUUGCAACAAAUACGAGAAAGCUACAUCUACGGCUGGCACAUUUCUAACGGUAUUUUUGAAUAAAUGUGGGAGCAAAUCGGAAGAUAUAGAUUAUCGACCUUUAUUUGAAAAUUUUGUACAAGAUUUACUAUCGACUGUCAACAAACCCGAAUGGCCCGCUACGGAAUUGCUUUUAUGUCUAUUAGGGAAAAUGUUGGUUACAAAUUUUUCUAACAAAGGCACUGAUAUGUCACUGCGUGUUGCGAGUUUGGACUAUUUGGGGGUCGUGGCCGCCAGACUUCGAAGAGACAGUGUUCUGUCAAGGUGUAAAUUAAAUACCAUCGAUCAGAUGAUAAAAGAUAUCAAACAGGAGGAAAUGAAGGAUAAUGAUGAGCCAUCAUCCAAAGUUAAGAAGAAAAAUAGCAAUGUUACAUCUGACGAAGAACGAACCCAGUUUCUUCAACGGGUCUUGUUGGAUUUUUUGGCCGUCAAUUCACAAAAUGACGAAGCAUAUAAAUACGCAAGACAUUUUUACGUGGCUCAGUGGUAUAAGGAUGUUGUGAAUGAAAAAACGCAGUUAGCGUCUGGUGAGAAAAAGAGUUCCAGAGAGAAUCACCGGUCCAAAAGAUACGAGGAAAGUGACGAAUCAGAUACAGAGAAAGAAAAGGAAAAGAAUAAGAAAGAAUCAGUGGAUCAGGAAAAUGCCGAAAAAUUUCGGUUAAUCGAAGAGAAGAAAAAGUUUCUUAUCAACAAAAUUAAACCGUUUCAAGAAACUAUUUCUUCCGGAAAUCGUGUGCAAGUUUUCCAAACUUACAUCGACUAUAAUAGUGCCGAACUUAUUGCACAAUUUUUAGCUUCCAAGAGAUAUUUUUCCCAGAGUUUCGACCAGUACUUAAAAGCAAUUUUAAUCGUGCUAAAGGAAACUUCAAUAGCUAUAAGAACAAAAGCAAUGAAAUGUUUAACCAUGAUAGUAGAAGCUGAUCCUUCGGUAUUGGGUCGGCACGACAUGCAGAUGGGUGUCAACCACUCAUUCCUUGAUCAUUCAACAUCAGUACGAGAAGCUGCCGUAGAUUUAGUUGGAAAAUUUGUUUUAAGUCGUCCCGAAUUAAUAAAUAAGUAUUAUGAAAUGUUAUCUGCUCGAAUAUUAGAUACUGGUGUCAGUGUAAGGAAAAGGGUUAUAAAGAUUUUAAAGGAUAUUUGCAUUGAAUGUCCGGAAUUUCCAAAAAUUCCCGAAAUCUGUGUCAAAAUGAUCCGGAGAGUGAACGACGAGGAAGGCAUAAGAAAAUUAGUAAUGGAAGUAUUUCAAAAUAUGUGGUUUACUCCCACUAAAGACACAUCCCUACUUCGUAAAGUUAUGCACAUCACAGAUGUCGUGGCAUCGUCAAAAGAUAUCGGUUUGGAAUGGUUCGAGCAACUUUUAUUGAGUUUAUUUAAGCCAAAAGAAGACAAGGACGAUUCAACAAAAAUCGCUACAGAACCUUCAAAAGCUUUGCUCCUUGCGUGUCGCCAGAUCGUCGACUGUUUGAUCGAGAACGUCUUGAGCCUUGAGGAAAGUUCUGAUAGUAGCGGCUCUUCCCAACGUCUUGUUGCUUGUCUGAUAACAUUGCAUUUAUUUGCAAAAAUAAGACCUCAGCUCUUAGUAAAACAUGCUAGUACUUUACAACCAUAUCUUGGAUUAAAGUGUCAGUCAAGCGGAGACAUACAAAUAAUAAGCAGCGUAGCGAGAAUGUUGGAACUGGUUGUGCCUUUAAUGGAACAUCCUAGUGAUUCAUUCUUAGCCCAGUUGGAGGAGGACGCUAUGAAGUUGGUAUUACAACACGAUAGACCUAUCGUCAGUAGUUGUAUGUCAUGUUUGGGUUCCAUUAUCAAUAAAGUCACCCACAAUUUCCAACUGAUUAGAGAUUGCUUCAAAAAAUACUAUGAAUAUUUGAUUAGGUACAAAACCUGGCUUGAAAUGGAUUGCAAGAAAUGUUUAGUAGAUAUAAAAUAUCGGGCCUUAUUCAGACGAGCUCUCUUUAUUGUUGGUUUGUUGUUACGCCAUUUUGAUUUCAGAAAUCCCGAAGUAAUAGGCGAUCUGGCACCUGACACCAAGGACCAAGUGUAUCAAACCAUGACUUUUUUUCUUCAAAGGGAAGACAUUGACAUCCAAGCAAACACACUUAAGGCGAUAGGAUCCAUUUGUAUACGCCAUUACGAGUUUAUGUUGGAGAACGAAUUAAAACUUUUCUACCAUAAAAUACUAACAUCGGAAGAGGCACCUCUAAGGAUGAAAGUCGAAGUGCUUGUAAACAUCGAAAAUUAUCUGGUUGAAGAAGAAAACAGGAUGAUCCAGCAGGACUUGGAAUGGUCGAAACGAUCCAAAGAGGAAAAUUUGAAGGAAAUGGGUGACGUUUCCUCUGGCAUGGCAAGUACGGUAAUCCAGCUUUAUUUGAAGGAGAUUAUGCAGUCGUAUUUACAUCACAACCUACAAGUUCGUCAGCCGGCGCUGCGCGUUAUCCAACUGGUGUUGCAGCAGGGUCUAGUUCAUCCGGUACAGAUAGUACCGUAUCUGAUAUGUAUGAGUACAGACUGCGAGAAACUAGUGUCGCACAGCGCAGACAAACAAUUACUAGACAUAGAGAAGAAGUAUCCAGGAUUUAUCCACACCAAGUCCUCCCUCGGAAUAAGGUUGUCAUAUCAGUUGCAAAAAAUAUUACAAGGUGAUGUGAUAGUGAGGGGAUCUCGCGUAAAAGAACAAGGGGAAUAUCCGUCUGCUCUAAACAGUUAUUUGUACUCGAUUCUGCGUAGUUCAAGACAACAAAGACGUGCCUUAAUUCUUAAUAUUUUAAAACAGUUCGAUGAGCAAGCUCGCACUACACUGUCGUACAUGUUGUACCUGUCCGAUAAUAUGGCGUAUUUCCCUUAUCAAGUUCAAGACGAGCCCCUCUUCAUCGUUCAUCACAUCGAUAUUAUGAUCUCCGUUUCAGGAACAAACUUACUGCAGUCGUUCAGAGAGGUAAGUAGAGCACGUUUAAAGGUACUGCGUUGUUUAAAUUCCGAAUUCCAGGGAUUAAUUAUGACGGACGGUCAGAACAAACUACUAGACAGUGAAAAUGGCGAAACCUUAAAUCCCAUUUCGGCAUUGGACGAGGAAGACGAAGACGAGGAGGUGCUAGCGUCGCGUGUACCUGAAGACGCGAGCCAGUUACAAGCUUGCAUAACAGCGGCGCAAGGCUGCCUUCUGCUGCUGAUGUUGAAACAGCAUAUAAAAGAUGUAUACGGACUCAGCGAUGGUAAAAUUCAGCAAUAUUCUCCAUCGGAACCUGCCAAAGUAUACGAGAAAGCUGUAACACGUAGAUCUAACACCCUCUUCAAUCCGAAAGCGACUUUACAGAAACUUAAAGAAGGUGCCCCUCCGGAGUAUUUAGACGAAGAGGGAAGACGUGAUCUCAUCCGGCAAUACUUAGAUUUUAAACAACUUAUGUUGCAAUUGGAUCCUGAAGAUCCCGACGAUGAUGAAAAUGCUCCAAAAGUGCUUACGGCGUUAGCGAGUACUAAUGCUAAUCCGCAGACAAACCAAACUGGGGCUGCUUCAUCAAUCUUGACCGAAGCAGAUCAAGUCGUACUUGAUAAUUACAAGGACUCUCCACCGAAAGUGCCCAAAUUGGUGAUAUCUAAUCGAAGGUUUGAUAGUGAUACGAAACGUACUCCACGAAGUCAGCGGUCACCUGAGAAACCGAAAAAACAUAGACACAAAAAGAAACGAAGAAAGUUUGUGAGUUCGUCAGGUGAUGAAAGUGAAAAUGACUAUAGUGAUCCAGACUUUUUGGCCUAGCUAUGCGCCCAAAUGAACAGGUUACACUGUUCAGACUGUACAGUGAGUUUUAGUUAAUCUUCGGCGAUAUAAAUACAAGGAUUAUUAAAGAAUGUUUUUAUAAACUAAAAAAUAUAAGAAAUUUUGUAUGAUGUAGUAACGCACUUUGAAUGGUUAUGUACAUGAACUGUGAACAUUUGGAAUUUUUUUCAAACGUGGUGUUUUGUUCUACUUCGGUUUCACAUUUGCAGAGAUUAUCACAUCUUUUAUUAUAAAUACGAUAGAGAUAUAUAUUGUAUGUGAGAGUCUCUCCGAUCGUUUUGUAUAGAUUUCUUAUGCAUUUUUUUUGUAAUAUGUCGAUGUAAAUCAGGGGAUAUAAAGAUGUAUAAAUAACGUGAGCAUUGCGACUACUACAGGUCAGACCAGAUUUCACUUGAUACGUUUGUGCUGUGCUGCUGGUUAUUCAGUUACUAAGAACGCUCAUUUUCAGGAUAUUCCGCAGGUUGGGUAAGCCUUCACCUAAUCCUUCCUUCGUUUAGUAAUAAAUAGACUAGCAGCUUUUGUAUUUUAGACUGGAAAUUCAACGUAGUAUAAUUUCAUUUCAUAAAAGUGAUAGGUUCGAAACGUUAUUUAUUUUGUGAAUAUUUCAUUUAAGAACGUUAUUUUUAUACGAAGCACUUUAUUAUGCAAAUUCAAAAAAAAAAAAAAGAUUCUGGUUUUGAUUUAAGAAAAAAUGCUUUAAACCGUCUGUGGAGGAUAUUGGAAGAGAUACCAAUGAAGCAAUUAAUUAACUUGUCAUGAUAUUUUGUUUUGUUUCAUUCUUUUUGCUAUUAAGUAACCUGUUUUAAAUUUAGAAAUCGUGAAAAUAUAUUAUUCAAUAUUUAUAUUUUAGAUUCAUGUUGAAAUUUAUUCCAUUAAUUAAUUGAUUAACCAAAUCGUGAGUCAACACUGUUUCAGUUAUUCAUUGCAAAUUUACGAACCUUAUGAGUGUUUUUUAAGUAGGUACCAAACAUGAUGGUUUUACUGCAGAAAAGAUUAAGAAAAAAUCAUGAAAAAAUUUGUCCCAUUUAAAAUUUGCAAUUUUUAUAAAUGUUCUUUGUUUUCACAUAAAAUUCCUUGAAUAUUAUUAAUAAAUCUAUAUGUAUUUACUAAACGCCAUGUAUAGCAAAAGGGCAUAUAUUUUUAAUCCCAGUUUAUGUCUGAAUUGGCAGCAGUGAUGGCUUUCGAUCCGAAGUAUGUAGUACUUCCCAGUCACUGAAAGUAGGUAUUUACCAAGACUGCGAAUAAUCACUUUCAUAGAAAAUGUAUAUUUUAUAUGACGUGAAUCUUUAAUAUGACCUAACUUAAUAGAUUUGUUGAUAAUUGUGUAAUUUUGUUUUUAAAUACAAACCUAUUAGUUUCUGUCUACAAAAUUCUUGAUCAAUAAACCAACAAUUUGACGAGUUAGCGGUGAAUGAAAGAAUAUUUAUAUUUACCUAAAUAUUUUUUUAUUAAAUAUUUGAAUACAAAAUGUACUUAUGUUUUAUAUUAAACUUUAAUUUUGCAAGGAGUUAAAAGCACUUUUCUUUAAACUAAUUGGUUUAAUUAAAAUGGAUUUUGCAAUUUCGUGAAUAUCAAAUUAAAUAUUUCUGCUCUUAAAGAUUUCAUUAUAUUUUUUAUUUCUUUAGUGAGGAAUUAUUUAGCGUAUUAACCAUAGACACCUAAUAAAUAUGUUCCUCCAUUGCUGCAACUCAGUUUAAAGUACUAUAAGACUAAUUUUAGAAUAUUAACUUGGACAGAUUCCAGGAUCCUUUAAGAACUUGGCACUUCGAAUAUGCCUAAAAAUUAUUUUGUUUUUUUUUGUAUAUUUGCAAUAAUUAAAAUAUGUACGAAAAUACUUUUCAAAAAACGUUU